AUGUUCACCUCACACAACGACAACUACGACAAUUCCUCCCUCUGCCAACUCCGCCUUAUUCUCUUCUCUCUUUCCAUUGACGGCAUGGCGCAGAAGAAAACAACACAAAAUUUGCUGACUUGGUGUCUGUCUUCAGUGGAAGGAAAUGAUGAAGCUAUCCUAUCAUGGAGUUUCUAUGGUCUUGCCAAUAACCAGGUUUUUGAGGUUGAGGCAAUGACCCUUCAAUUUUGA